GGCUUGGUCAGGUAUAAAAGAAAGGGUUAAACCAGGUAGGAAUCAGUUCAAGAGCAGCAACCAGCAGCACAGUGAGCAAAGAUGUCCACCAGCAUGAACAUGGGCAGGGUCGUCUUCUACGAGGACAGGAACUUCCAGGGUCGUUCCUAUGAGUGCAGCAGCGACUGCGCUGACAUGUCCUCCUACCUGAGCAGGUGCCACUCCUGUAGGGUUCAGAGUGGCUGCUUCAUGGUCUACGACCGCAACAACUACAUGGGAAACCAGUACUUCAUGAGGAGGGGAGAGUACUCUGACUUCCAGAGUAUGAUGGGAAUGACUGAUAUCAGGUCCUGCCGCACUAUCCCCAUGCACAGAGGAUCCUACAGAAUGAGGCUCUACGAGAGAGAUAACUUCGGAGGUCAGAUGCACGAGAUGAUGGACGACUGUGACUCCAUCAUGGACCGUUACCGCAUGUCCGACUGCCAGUCCUGCAACGUGAUGGAUGGCCACUGGCUGAUGUACGAGCAGCCCCACUUCAGAGGCAGAAUGAUGUACAUGAGGCCCGGAGAGUACAGGAACUUCAGGGAUAUGGGCAUGAGUGGCAUGAGGUUCAUGAGCAUGAGGCGUAUCACUGAUAUGUGCUAGAUAUGUUAUGUUGACCAAAUAAAAGUGAUUGGUAAUCCAUAA